GGGCGUGCAAGAUGGAGGACAAAAAUAUUAUUUUGACGUUUCACAUUGUAAUUUCCAUGUUUUAUUCCACAAUGGCACAAGUGACAGAUAUUCCGUUGACUCCAUCGGUUGACUCUGAAGAAGAGGAAAUUGUUUCAAGUCAACAUAAAACCGAUAGCUUGACAAUUUUAAUGUUACUAGGAUUGUUAUUGUUAACAAUUUUGACUGUUUGGUUAUUUAAACACAGAAGAUUUAGAUUUGUGCACGAGACAGGAUUGUCUAUCAUUUACGGGUUAAUUGUUGGAGCAGUGAUACGUUACACUAGUCAUCCGAAUAUUCAAUCAACAGCUGAUGCGACACUGCUAGCAUAUAACAAAGCUGAUCCACCUGAGGCUGUCUUUGUUAACUUUUCACAUAAAAUUCUUAAUAAAAGUGAGGAGAAAAUUAUAAAGUAUACUCUCGACAAAAUUGUCACAGAAGUAGAGGAAGAGGCACCGCUUGAAAAAACAGUGACAUUUGAUCCAGAAAUAUUUUUCAAUGUUUUCUUGCCAGUGAUAAUUUUUGAAGCAGGAUACAGUAUGAAAAGGAGAUUUUUUUUCAAGAACUUUGGAGCAAUAGUUAUGUAUGCAUUCAUUGGUACAACAGUAUCCUGUAUGGCAGUUGGGGGUCUGAUGUUUGCCUUUACAAGAUUUUUGCCGAUGACCUUUACAGUCAAUGAUUGUUUCUUCUUUGGUGCAAUUAUCUCAGCCACAGACCCUGUGACAGUGUUGGCUAUAUUCAAUGAUUUAAAUGUAGAUGUUACCCUGUAUGCUCUGGUAUUUGGUGAAAGUGUUCUUAAUGAUGCUGUUGCUAUUGUUCUCUCUGGGUCGGUGAUAGCAUUUCAGGAAAGUUCUGUGGAAGCUUACGGUAAAGAGAAAUCGGAAGGCUUCAGUGUUCAUGCAUUUUUCAAAGCUCUCGGAAACUUUGCGGGUAUAUUUGGCGGAGCAUUUCUGAUUGGCUCUGUAAUUGGAAUGGCAACAGCAUUACUUACAAAAUACACAAAAAUCAGAGAAUUUCCACUUCUAGAAACAGCACUGUUUUUUCUGAUGUCAUAUACAUCAUUCCAAUCUGCCGAGGCCUUGGGUCUUACUGGUAUUGUUGCUGUGUUGUUCUGUGGUAUAUGUCAAGCUCAUUACACAUACAAUAAUCUAUCGGAGGAAUCCAAAUCCAGAACUAAACAAUUAUUUGAAUUGAUGAACUUUCUGGCAGAGAAUUUUGUGUUCCUAUACAUAGGAGUUUCAGUAUUUACAUUUGAAAAUGUGAAAUGGAAUGCAUGGUUCAUUUUAGCAGCUUUUGUGUCAAUCAUUAUAGGUCGAGCUAUAAAUAUAUAUCCACUCUCUAUUUUAUUGAAUCUUGGAAGGAGGAAUAAAAUAUCAGCAAACGUGAUGCAUAUGAUGAUGUUCUCAGGUUUACGGGGAGCUAUAGCCUAUGCAUUAGCCAUACGUAACACAGCAAGUGAAGCAAGACAACAUAUGCUGUCUGCUACCAUGGUGAUAGUCUUAGUUACUGUAAUGAUUUGUGGUGGAUUUGUUACACCUCUAUUACAGUUUUUAAAAAUCAGAGUGGGUGUGGAGGAAGAUGAAAAUGCUCAUACAGCAAAUGUAAGAACUGCAAUGUCACGACAGAGGCAGUAUAGCACAAUGGAGGUUCCUCGGGGUAAUGCACGGUCUCCACCUGAGCAGCCUUCAUCGUAUGAGCUAGAAAUACCUCCUGGACAACAAGUAGAACCAUUGAUACAACAGCUUCAAAGUCAGGCAGAGCAAGAUAUACAAACAAGAUCCUUUGGAAAGGCAUAUUUAGUUGCAAAAUGGUAUAAAUUUGAUAGAAGAUUUUUAAAACCAUUAUUAACCAACAGCAGACCAAACUUGAUGGAAACAUGCCCAGGCUGCUGUUUACCAUUGGCCAAAAUGUUGACCACACAAGAACAGCUGAUGGAAAGUGAUCUAAACCACGACCAAGAUUCUGAUACAGAUAUGAUAAUAGACCACAGGGAAUUGUCUAUAGGAGAGGACAGCCAGAUGAGCGCUAGUCCUUCAAUCAACUCCACACAUGAUAAAGAACAUACUGAGCAUGUUGAAGAAGAGAUUGAUUUAGGUGAUAACCACUUUGACUCCAUAAGUGAUGAUUUACCUUUAACCCCAUGACCUUGACCUGAGCAUGAUCUUCAACCUUCUAAGUUCCCUAAAUAUAGAGAAGAUCUGAGCGGGGAUCUUGGUCUCGGAGAGCACUCUGACCAACCCGUGAGAGUACAGGUUAACUUGGGGACACCGUCUGGAGAUCAUGUGUGAGUUCUCAGCAAGUCAUCUAUGAAUCUCCAUGCUUGAAAUACAUAAAUGCUUCAGUGAAGUGCAUACCUAUGCGACACAAACGCUUGUUACUUUAAGUGCAUUGGAAGCUGUGUUGUGGGUGUACAAAGUCUGAGCUGUUAGUGAUAAUUGUGCAACGGCUCAGUUUGCCUGUUUUAUAAUGAUAUUAUAUCUUAGUAUUUUCAUUUCAUUCUAAUUUGAAUAUUGCAGCCUUUUUUGACUAGAAUGUUUUAAAAGUUGUUAUUUUGACACAUUUCAGCCAUUUAGGGCUAGAAUGUUUUAAAAGUUGCUAUUUUGACACAUUUCAGCCAUUUUGGGCUAGAAUGUUUUAAGAGUUGCUAUUUUGACAUAGUUAGAGGACAUUAAAUGUUUUUGAUUGUUUUCUUUUGUCUUGGGCUACACAAAAGGAACAAACAUAUAGAGGUAAAAUUAUGAGAAAAGUAGUUUUUCAAAAUUUUCAUUCAAACAGUUUACCCAGGGAUAUGAUGUCCAUGAUAGAAAACAAUAUUUAUAAUAUAUCUUCAAGACAUUCCACUUGGUAGAUAUCUUUGAAGUGAAUUAUAUUUUUCAUUUGGCUUUUACAAAGAAAGAAAUUUAAGGGAAACACUGUUUAGGAAUGUGUGAAUAAAAUAUGCCAGCUCAUACCCUUUACCAACAAAGACUCCUGGUAGUUCUGCACAUAUUUUACAUGUGUGUAAAUAGAAACUGUUUAAUAUUUUAAACAUAUUUAGGUACUUUACGUUAUUCAAUAUAUAGUAAAGCAGGCAUUUUAACAAGGCAAAUAAUGUAUAAAUCAUUGUCAGUGAUUUCUGUUUUUCCAUUCUUUUUAGCUCACCUGAGCACAAAGUUCUUAAGGUGAGUUUUGUGAUCGCCCUGUGUCCGUCGUCCGUCCGUCGUCAACAAUUUGACUGUUAACACUCUAGAGGUCACAAUUUUGACCCAAUCUUAAUGAAACUUGGUCAUAAUGUUACCCUCAAUAAAAUCUUGGACAAGUUUGAUAUUGGGUCAUCUGGGGUCAAAAACUAGGUCACCAGGUCAAAUCAAAGGAAAAGCUUGUUAACACUCUAGAGGUCACAGUUUUAGCCCAAUCUUAAUGUAACUUGGCCAGAAUGUUGCUCUCAAUAAAAUCUUGGAUGAAUUCGAUAUUGGGUCAUCUGGGGUCAAAAACUAGGUCACCGGAUCAAAUCAAAGGAAAAGCUUGUUAACACUCUAGAGGUCACAAUUUUGGCCCAAUCUUAAUGAAACUUGGUCAGAAUGUUACCCUGAAUAAAAUCUUGGAUGAGUUUGAUAUUGGGUCAUUUGGGAUCAAAAACUAGGUCACCAGGGCAAAUCAAAGGAAAAGCUUGUUAACACUCUAGAAGCCACAUUUAGGACUGUAUCUUCAUGAAACUUGUCAGAAUGUUAGUCAUGAUGAUCUCAAAGUCCAAUUUGAAUCUUUGUCAUGUAGGGUCAAAAACUAGGUCACCAGAUCAAAUCAAAGGAAAAGCUAGUUAACACUCUAGAGGCCACAUUUAUGACCAUAUCUUAAUGAAACUUGGUCAGAAUGUUAAUCUUGAUGAUAUACAGGUCAAGUUCAAAUCUGGGUCAGAUGGAGUCAAAAACUAGGUCACCAGGUCAAAUCAAAGGAAAAGCUUGUUAACACUCUAGAGGCCACAUUUAUGACUGUAUCUUCGUGGAACUUAGUCAGAAUGUUAAUCUUGAAUAUCUUUAGGUCAAGUUCGAAUCUGGGUCAUGUGGGAGCAAACACUAGGUCACGGGGUCAAAUCAAAGAAAAAGUUUGUUAACACUUUAGAGGCCACAUUUAUGACCAUAUCUUGAUGAAACUAUCUUGAUGAUCUUUAGGUCAAUAGGUCAGGUGAGCGAUACAGGGCCUUCAUGGCCCUCUUGUUAUUGACUUUAACCUACCAAAUUUCUAAAAUGGACGUCUCUCAUUCAAUUUGGGCAGUACCAUUUAUUAUUCAAAUUUAUUAUUCACUGAAAAUUUACUGACUGAAUAGUGAACAAUGCAGACCAAGAUCAACUGCAGGGACAUGCAUGCUGAUCUUGGUCUGCACUGGUCACAAAAGCAGAAUCACUUGCCACCUGCAGGCUAAAGUGAUCGAGUCAAGAUAAUCUGUACAGGUCAUGAAUAUUUAUGAAAAUAUAGCCCUGUGAUAUUGUAUUGAAUUGAAUCUGAUUAUACAAAGUGUUUGUCAUUUAAUUGUAUCAUGUUAAUAGAUUUACUGAUUUUAUUGUUAUGGAUUGUGAAUAUUUAGGUCAUGAUUGUAUCAUAAUUUUUUGUUUUCAUUUUCUUCAGUUAGUUGAUAUGUACAAAUGUAAGUUUGUUGUAUACAAUAUGUUAUUUGUUAAUUUUAAACUAUUUAUGUUAAAUGGUUUUGUUUUAGGACCAUAAUGAUGAGUAUUUAGUUGUUAUACAAAUUUCUUCGAUGUCGGAACUGAAUGGGAGACAUUUUGGUUUAUCGAUCUGCUUGUUAGAUAUGAUGCCAGUGCAAUUAAAAGCUACUUUUUUACAUUUUAGAUGAAAAAUGUAAAAUGUAAAUCUGACAUUGAAAAAUGAUAAAGAAGUGAAAAUAGAAUAUAUUUUCGUGUAAAAGUAACCUGGAAUAUUGGUUUUGUUCAUCAUUUCCAGACUGUCUCAACAGUCACUCCUCUACAAAUCAUUGUUUAAAAGGGUGACUUUGUAAAUAUUUAUAUGUCAGUCUGUACAAGAAAAGCUCUGGUACAAAAUACUAAAUUUAACAUUCUUUGAAGACUUCAGUUUUACUGACAUAAAUUUGGGAAGAAGCCUCUUUAAAUUAAAAACAUAUUUAGGGAUUUGGUUUUAGCAUAUAUUUAAAACAACACUGGUAAUUUAUUUUUGUUAUUUCAUAGGCAAUUUCUUUCAACUUAAAAUCUCAACUCAAAGGUACUUAGUGUUUGAAUGAGUGUAUGUCUUUUGCAGAACACUGGCCUCAUUAAUUGCCUUGUUUUCAAGGUCAUUGUUUUAUAUCAGUAAAUAUUUAUAAAAAUUGUAAUAUUUAUGUUUAAGUAAAUGAUUGCAAUUAAAGGAAAAAGGGACAUUUUAAAGAUAUUAUAUACAUUAGUUUGGACACAAAAUCAUUGUAUUUUUGUGUAUGUUACUUGAACUAGGUUUGCGUAACAUUUUUCUGGAAAAUCUAGAUUAUUAUUAUCCAUUAAAAAGCGGUUAUAUCAGUAGCAUUGCCGAAAAUCUAUUAUAUUCCAUGUAUGAAGUGUGACUCAGUCGACAAUACUGUCUUCCUGAAGGUUACUUUGACAGUAAAUAGGUUUUGAUGUAAAAAAAGUAACUAACUACUAACAUGAAGUAAGCAUCAGUUGAAGGACUAAUUGAUAUUUGGCAGAUUGAGAAAAAAAAGCAAACUGACAUAUACAUUUUAUUUGGCCAUAUGAUUGAAAUCAAAAUUGUGAUUUUCCCAGAGAAGCCUAUUGUGAAAAUUGACUGGAGGACAAAUAUCUUCAAGUUGGUCUAACAAUAAAUCAAACACAUGACCCUUUCUUUUUUCUUUGACUGAAUUUCCUUGUGAUACAAUGGUGCAUUGAAAAAAAAUUUGGUUGAAUAAAAUCUCACAUUGUACAACAUUUGUUUCAAAUGUGCAAACCACCUUAACUUUAAGCCGUUUUAGAUUAAUUAGGGUACGUUUAUAGCUGCACAUUUACAAACCACUUUGUUAUACGGGUCAGCAAUGAGAGCAGUUUAAAAACCCACAAUUUUUUUCUACUGUAACAUUUGUUUAUAUAUAGAGUUCAGUCCCCUGCUAUUUUAUACUAAACAGUGUUGAUGUGCAUGUGACAUGCUAAGCAGUAAGAAUUUUAAUAGGUAUUAGAUGCAAGGUUGAAUCAUUUUAUCUUUGUUGCUAUAGUUUCCUGGCGGUGGAAUAUCAGCUGUAUAUAAAUGAACUGCUAUGAUGUCUAAUUUACAUAUUUUCAGACUGAGAAAUCUCAUUUUAUUGGUGCCUAUAUCUGUAUGAUCAAAACCUUUCUCAUGAACCUGUUAUCAUAAUGAUGAUAUGCUGAAUAAAUAAUAUGCCUGCUUAUGUCAGGUCUGCUUUUAACCUUUAGCCUGCUAAAUUUCUAAAAUGGAAUGGUCCAUCAUUCAAUUUGGGCUAUACCAUUUAUUAUUUGAGGGGGUGUUCACUGAAAAUUUACUGACUGAAUAGCAAACUGCAGACUAAUAUCAGCCUGCACAGAGGUGCAGGCUGAAAUUGGUCUGCACUGGUUGCAAAGGCAAAACCACUUGCCACCAGCAGGCUAAAGGUUAAAGACAUUUGACUGUAUAUUUCUAUAUGUUUGAUUACUUGAUUACAUUUGUAUUGUUUUUGCAGUUUAUUAAUGAAAUAUAUAAAUUGUUGUUUACAUGUUUUAAAGUAAAUGUUUAUGUAAAGCCUUAUAAAAGUUAAGUUAUUUUGUUCUUUGAACCAUCAUAAUGUAGUUUCUUUUUACUGAUGUUAAUUCUGUCACUUCUGUGAGAAAAUAGUGUUUUAUGUAUCAUCAUGAAGAACAUUGUUAAUUUUGUUAGAUUUAUUCUCUUAUUUGUAGAUGAUUGUAUGCAAGGAUCUAUCACUGUUUGUAGUUGUAAUGACAUGUGUAGUUAUACCCCCAGGUAUAGAGUGUAUGGGAGUUACCGGUACAUUGGAGUCCAGCAUGUCCAUCCGUUAGUCUGUCCAUCCAUAAUUAAUGUCUGUCCUGUAUCUUCUGCACUGCUGGCAAGAUUUUCAUAAAACUUGCAUCAGUCAUUAAUCUCAUCAAGAUGAUGUGCAGAGUUACAAGGUCUAAGGUCAAGACGAUACUUUUAGGUCAAAGGUCAAACUGCUUAACUUUGUGCCCACUCCAUAUUUUUUAAACUGUUUAAAAAAAUCUAAUAACACUACAUGUACUAUCAAUUUUUAUUACGUUGUUAAGAUGACUUGCAAAGCACAUAACCCAUGCAAAUAGCCCAAGGUCAAGGUCACAUGUCUGCUGCAUAUCUUGCAAACUGCUGGGAAGAUUUUCCUUAAGCUGGCAUCAAUUAUUUACUUAUUAAGAAAGAGUGCACACAACCCAGAUCACUAGGCCCAAGGGCAAGGUCACACUUGAAGGUCAAAGGUCAAAUAGUUUAACUUCAUGUCACUCUGUGUCUUGUAAAAUGCUGGGCAGAUUUUCAUAAAAGUAGCAGUUAUUUACCUCUCAAGCACACAAUCCAGGUCACUAGGUCCAAGGUCAAAGUCACACUUGUUGGGUCAAAGGUCAAAUAUGUUAACUUUGUGUCCACUUUAUUUCGUAUCUCCUAAUUUGCUUUGUAGGAACUAGCGUCAAUUUUUUUAAAGGACCAAGCUGGCAGUUCCAUUUCUUCUUAACCACCAGAAUGUAUUCUAUUAAAUUAGCUAGAGGUUUUUAACCUCAAAUUUGUUUCUCGGUGUCUUCAUAACAUAAAACCCCUAGGAGGUUUUCAUAAAUCUAGCAUUAGUGGUAAACCUCAUGAAGAGGACAGGCUAAGUGUAUAAUCCAGGUCAUUAGGUCCAAGGUCAAGGUCACACUUAAAUGUUGAAAGUUAUUAUCUCAAUAUCUUUUUGAAGGGGCAUCUGGGGUAUUGAUUAUAUUUAGUGACAGGCUCAGUUUUGGAAUAAGUGGAGAGAAAGCACCAUUGUAAUACAUGUAGAAAUUGUCCUUGAAUGUAUUUGUCUCCGUGACUGAGUAGUUAAUGUUGUUGACUUUGAAUAACUUGCACCUCACCAAUAUGUGUUUUAGACCUUGCUUUGUCAUGUGAGGAAGCGAUGAUCUAGCUGGCUUAUAGAAUGUUGGUUGUUCUACCAAGAAGCCUGCCUAUGAUUGAAACAGUACCUUGGGAUAGAGGGGGCACCUGAGAUCUACCUUUACCAUCAAAAGCUGGAAAAGUCACCAUAUGACCUAAAUUGUGUUGAUAUGGCUCCAAACCCAACAAAAAAAAAUGAAGUGUAAUAUGCAGAGAAUAUUUUUUAAAAAAUGUAGAGCAGUUUACCGUAUUGCAUAAACGAUAGUGUUUAAGGUUACUUACAGUAAGUGUGAAUGUGAAUUGUUUCUGUAUACUUGUGACAAUUGCUUUGUAGCUUGAUAUUUGUUAUAUUAAUGCAUUUGUCAGAUAUUUAGUAUUCUGUUUUUAUGUAUAUGUACAGUUAUAUAUUUAUUGAAAGUCAUAGUUCAAUGUGUUUUGCUUACUCGAGGUGCCUGUCUUGGCUAUGAGUUGCAUUCCUUGAUUAUUUACAGUGUGCAAAACCACAGUAAAAUAACAUAAUAAUGAA